AUGAAGAGCGUCAUGUCAGCGGGGCGACCUCUCGAUCCGCUUUGUUUCGUGUGCGGAUGCUAUUCGAAAGAAAGUGACGAUCUCGAUGAUGAUUCUCUGGUGACUGGCUCGUCAGUGUUCGAAAGGCUCGUUGCUCUGUUGGCGAAAAAGCUCGAGUCUUUGGAAAGUGCCGUGAGAACAGCCUUGGAAAGCUCGCGAGGCAAAUAUUGCUUAUGCCCAUCAUGUGAGAGUCUCGUCUCGACGAUCGACUGCCUGGAAAAAGAACUUGACAAGAAUAUCCAAAAACUGUGGAGUUCCGAGAUCCAUGUCGCCAUCAGGCAAUUGUGGCCAGAUGCUGUUGACGAGCUCAAACCCUUCACACCUCAGCCAUCAACGAUCUCAGAAAACCAUCGUGUUGAUAAUCCUCCGCCUAUUCAGACUAGGAAACGCGGACGUGCCUGCAAAAACGAUUUCUCUUCAGUUUCAAUUGAUGCCAGUCUCAACAGAGCCGAAAAAGUAUCGUCGAGAAGACGAGAGGUUAAGGAAAGAGUGAAGAAUGUCAUUGAAGAAGAAGUUGUGGUGAAGCGAAGAAGGGGUCGACCUCGGAAAAGUGAUAUUACCGUCCCUCCGCCUGUGGAAACAAUAUUGAAUGUUCCCGCGAGUCACGAAGUUUUGGUUGAUCCUUCCAACGGUUUCAUUGCCAAAAUUGAGGCCCCUGAUAACGUGGACGACGUCGACGAGCAAAAAUUCAGCGUAACGAGUGAAGAAAUUCAGCCAAAGGACCCGGAUGAUUUCCAGUCUGCCGUGGAGGAAGACGGCAACCUCGAACCCGCGAAAGAAUUACCCGGUGCUUUCAUGUGGUUGAAUUGGCGCUGUAGGAUUUGCGGGCAAAUUUCCCCGGAUGCCAAAGAGUUUUCGUCACAUCAUCAGCGAUAUCACCCUGACUCUUCACUUCAUUCGUGUCACUUUUGUUUCGCCAAAUUCAACGACGCCGACGAGUUCCGGAACCACGUGUUUUACGAAGAGCUCGACAAGUGCAUGAAGAAGGAUUUUCGCUGCGUGGAAUGCGACGUGGAUUUCGUCAGUCCGAGGCGAUUGAAUGACCACAUGCGAUCUGCACAUGUUGGCGGAGAAUGCGCCAAUUCUCCGUUUCAGUGCCUGGAAUGCGACGGGGUUAGAUUUGACACGUUUCAAGAAUACAUUUACCAUCGUGCCUCUGACGAAGCGAGUCAUGUCGUGCCUGAAGGAUUAGCGAAUUUUGCUUGCAAUUGUGCGGAUGGCUGUGAUUUCAAGGGACGCACGGAUGAGGAACUUGUCGAGCACGCGUCAGCGAUUCAUGAUAACAAAACCCCGUUUCAAUGUCCUCGUUGUAGAAUUUCUGUUCCAAGUUGGAAACGGAUGGCGAGACACGUCGUCAAACUGGAGUACGGGAAGAAGUAUUGCGAAGAAUGCGGCCUGUUCUUCAAAACUCCGCAUCACACGGAGUGGCACAUCAACGAGACGCAUUUGAAGCGAUCCCCGUACGCGUGUUCCGAGUGCAAUAAAUCGUUUCCGUCGAAGCGGCAGUUGUUGUACCACAUGGAAUACCACAAGCCGAAGCCUGAGAAAUUGUGCAACGUUUGCGGCAAGUAUUACAAGGGCUGUCUUUCGUACCACGUACGAGCUGUGCACAACAAGGAGAGGCGGAUCAAGUGUGAAUUAUGCGACGAAACUUUCUUUCAUUACGCGCCCAAGAGGAAUCAUUUGGCAAAAGUGCAUGGAAUCAAAGCUGAUCGUCGUGUGAAUACGUGCGAAUUGUGCGGGAAAGUCUUCGUGACGAAAGACAGUCUGAAAAUUCAUCGUUUCACUGUCCACGGGAUCCGCGGAUUGAAAACUUACGCUUGUCCGACGUGCGGGAAAGAAUACAUUGAGAGGAAAAGGCUGGAAGAACAUAUCAUGGCCCACGACGGUGUGAAGCCGAAUGCGUGUCCGAUGUGCGAUCAUCGAACAAUCACUUUCGUCAACUUGAAAACUCACAUCAAACUCGUUCACAAGAAAAAAGUAUUCCGGAAAUGGACAGUGGACGAGGCGGGCAACAAAACCUACGUCAUUGUAGACCACGAACAAGACCUUUCUGACUUCAAGAACCAAACCUGAAAAGCGUUUUUUUUUUUCGUUGCUGAUGUCGAUCUCAUGGAUCUGAAAUCCAUCCUUUUUCUUUCGUGGGAGAAAGAAGUAGAAUUUGUGCAUGUUGAUGCAUUUUUAGCGUGACCUCCUGAUAUCAAAUUGAUUUUGGUUCGAGGUAUUGAGUUUAUUUGUUUUUUGUUUUUUUGCUACUUGAAUCAAUGAACGUGCCAUUUUUCGACGCCUGCCGAAGGUAUGGGUGUGUGAAUAAGCUCAAUUGUUGUACUGCCUCGUCGUCCAAAUGGUUUUGUUUUCUUGACACGGUAAUUCGUAUGUUUCUUUCGUCGAGUGUACAACGAAGAAACUGUUUCAAUUUGUGAUUUUUUUUGUUCUGAUGAAUUUCUUUCAUUCGAUCAGUGAUUUAAUUUCUUCUCGGGAACGGAUACUUGGCGGCAUGGGUUUAUUUUCCAUCCACUUUUGUAAUCUAUUUAUUGCCAGAUUGGAUAAAGGAAGAAAUCCUUUCGCGUUUGUGGA